UGGCGUGUUCAGAUCUUCUUCAUCACAUGUUACGCGCCAACUUAUUGGCCUUUACAGAUUCGUCUGGCCUAAAUUUCCCUUUAAAGAAAACACUUCUGCUUCUCAUUUAUAAUAAAGUCAAAUCUUGUUUUUUCAGAAGAUUAGUUUCUGCAAUCUCCUCAACCGUUCAAAAUUACUUAUCUGUUUUGUUGGUGAUCAGAUCAUGGCUCCAUCUUCUUACAAAAUCCGAAGUCUUGUUACGUUCCUUCACCAAUACUAUAGAGUUCGCGUUAAUGCUAGAUAUUCGUCGCAGUUACAGGGUGUUGACGGCGUGGUUCCAACUACUAGGAUUGGCUACGUUGGCUCAGUAAGUCCAGGGUUACGGUUCAUCAGUUCAGGAGAGUAUCGAAUACCCAAUAAGACGGAUCAGGGAAAGGAUGAUGCAAGCAACGUUCCUCCGGUAGAGCUAGCUCCUUCUAAGCCCAAUUUCUUUAAAUGGGCAAAAUGGCUUUUGGGAUCAAUACUAUCAAUAUUCCUCCCCUUUUGGAAGGAAAAUUGGGACAGCGUUCGAAGAAUUGAAGGAGAGGUAGAGAAGGUGGUGGAAGAGGUGGAAGAAACUGUGGAGGUAGUAGCAGCGGUGGCGACUAAAACAGAAAAUGUAAUGGCAGGGGUUGCGGGGAAGCUGCCGGAAAAUAGCCUGCUCAAAGAAGCAGCUGUUGCAGUGGAAAAUGCAUCUGCUGUGGUUGCUAAAGAUGCCCUCAUUACUUCUAAUUUCAUUCACAAGGUUGAAGAUGUGGAGCAAGACUUGAAAGACUUGGAGAAAAUGGUUGAACCUUUUAUUGGAAAAAUCGGAGAACCCAAAUGAGACAAAAAGUAGUAGAAGAAGUAUAUAUAUAUAUAUAUAUAUAUAUAUUAUGCCUCAACUAUCAUGAAGGAAGAGGCCAUUUAUAUUCUUCAUUUGUAGAGACAAUUCAGAACAUGGUGAUUGUGAAUAAGAAAAUAAUAUAUGUACUAUGGAAAAUAUUCGAUUUCUUUUA